CUGCCACCCGCCAUUAGACCGUAACAAGAAGAAGCAGUAGCAGAAGAGGAAGAAGAGGAGGAAGAAGAGGAAUAGGAGGAAGAAGAGGAUUACCUGCAGCUUCACAGAAGAACUUCAACAUGGCCGACGCCUGGAAAGAAGCCAUGGAGCUGGCAGAGAAGACAGCGAGGAGAGCGGGGGAGGUGGUGUGUGCUGCGCUGCAGGUGGAGCGCUCUGUGAUGACGAAGAGCUGCUCGGUGGAUUUGGUGACUCAGACUGACCAGCAGGUGGAGCAGCUGAUCAUCCAAUCAGUGAAGGACAAGUUCCCAAUGCACAGGUUCAUAGGGGAGGAGUCAGUAGCUGCAGGUGAGCCCUGUGUCCUGAGUGAUGAGCCCACCUGGAUCAUCGACCCCAUCGACGGGACCACCAACUUCGUGCACGC